GACCUUACUUCAACAGAAAGGAACUGGCAUUUUUAAAAGGCCAGUUAAGCGGAAUAGUAUAUCGUGUGAAACUGCAUUUCUAAAACUAUUUCACUGUGACGAGCAGUGUAAAGUAACCAUUGAUCAUGACGUCACAAUUGGAAAAGCUUGUAAUGUCAAAUAAGAAACGGAGAAUCAAAAGACAUGGCAGCGGAAGAAGGCGAACCGCAAAAAAGGCCAACGAUAGCAGCGAAAGUGAGAGGGCCAGGCCCGGCUAAGUAUGGCUUGCCAGGCUUAGUCGGCUACAACAGCCACGAUCCAACGAAACGGCGAAAUCCUGCAUUCAGUUUUGGCAAAAGGUUCAUUAUUAAGCCAAUAGAAAAAUCCCCUGGACCAUGCUACCGUAUUCCGAAUUUCCUAACAAAGACGGGUAAAGACACAGCCCCGUCAUACUCUUUGUAUGGAAAGCCUAAAGAGCAAUCGAACUUUCUCACACCAGCUCCAGGAAACUAUAAACCAGAGAAGUAUCCCAUCCCAAACGACCGCAAAGCGCCAAGUUACUCGUUUGGUGGCCGAACAACGCACGCAAGACAAGAUGACUGGCCAGCAGCAAAUGCUUACACGUUGCCUAGUUUGAUUGGGCCUAACUGCAUUGUAAAGCCAUCGGCUGCGGCACAUUCCAUUAGUGGGAGACCUGUGAUUGGCGCAUACUGGGAAGAUCUACAAAAGACACCUGGACCAGGCACAUACAGAGGAUGGAACAUCAAGGUGAUUUUGAAAAACAAUCCGGCCUACUCGAUAACAGGAAGAAAUUUCGAUGGCCAAGAGAAGUCUUUUACUCCGGGACCUGGGGCCUACAGCCCAGAGAAGGUCUUGGUACAUAGAAAAAGCGGACCGAAAUUCUCAUUUGGAAUUCGACAUACAGAACAUAUGACAACAGUAAGAGAAGGUUAAAUUUGCAGAAACAUUUGAAUGCGUUGAUGUGGUGUUUUUAUCUAAAAUGUGUAUGACACGUCCUUAAAUGUCUUUUGGCAGCUGUGUUUGAAAGAGAAGAAAAAUGACUUUCGCUGCUGUGUUUACAAAUUAGCUCAGUUUGAUCAAAUCUUGUGAAAUCAAUAGGAAUAUAAAACCAUACUUAUCAACGUGAAUCAAAAAGAUAAUAUUACUAUACUUCAAUUCGUCUUCUUACUUCUUUUUGUUCUUCUUCUUUUUCUUUUUUACAAUGUCCUUAGAUUCAUUACUAGUCCUACCUUGUAGA